AAUGAAAAUGAAAAUCCCGAGCAACUGAUUUCCGACACGGAGUUACUGCAACAGCAAGGAUGGGGGCUAGAUGUCGAGAGAAUGGGUAUUUUCAAUACAUUACACUCUAAUAGCUACUUCAAGACAGUGUGUAGUCUUUACGAAUUUCGUGGCCUCCGUAAGCUCGACCAAGAAGCAUCAUCCUACGAUGACUGUGGUAAUUACUUCCCCAUCAUCUUCGAGAUUAAAGCUCGGUCCGCUAUAAGCUAA